AUGACCCUUGAUGAUGGAGGCGAGCCGCCGAAGAAGGUGUUGGCUCUGUGUUUACCCCGGUGCAACGAAUCUCAGGCCACGGCAGGACAGAACUUGCUCGAUUUCCUCAAAAAGCGUCUGUCUCAUGUCCAACUCCACUAUCACGAAUUCAUUGCUGAACUCGCCUACCUUCAAGGUGGAGGACUCCUAACGGAGUUUGAUUCAUGGCGUCGGCAGCGUCCCCAGGAGUUGAUGCAUGCCCUCUGUUCGGGACAUUUGGAUGCCGAAGACCUCAACAUCAUCAGCUCCUUUGUCUCAGGGUACCUGGCUUUUCACGAAAUCUUCCCAGUUGAGGCAGACCAAACCGCUUUAGAAAACCUUGAGACUGAUUCCGAUGAGGACGAUGUAGGUCGUUAAUCUUUUCCUAUUCUCCCCUUUGAUACUUUUUGUGGUAAAAGAAGUUGCAUGCCUGCAUGAUCUUUAUUUCCAAGUACAUCUUCUCUCCAUGCACGCUCAGGAAAGUGUAGCUAGUGGCUACCUUGAUAUUAUCUGUGCUAGGUAACUUAUAGUCGAACGCUUGCCUAGCAUAUUGGAAAGAAAAUAUGACCCGCUCUCUUGUUCGAGGACUGAUAGAAGCAAUCGUACACCUGAAGGUUGACAGGUGGUUUGCCUGUCAUUCAUAAUGUGUCUGCGAGGCUUUGUAGGGUGCAAAGUAUCUGGAGCUAUUUUAUGUUACUAUUCAGAUGAUCACAGGCCUGUUUAACGGACAUGUGAUCGGGCAAUUUAACGCCGGCUUCAGAAGUCUAUGAGGCUGUGCAUUAUCGCUUUUGAGUAUGUUCCGUGCCAUCUCGUACCCAGUGUGAUGCAUUUUCAUGCGAAAUUCCCCUCUUUUGUUCGACGAAGGAUGACUAGACCAAUUCUCAUCUCUGUUAUCUGUGCACGCAUCUAUCCUUUAUUACAAUACACAAUCGGUUUACUUAUUUAUGUGACAUUUAGCAGAGCUUUAGUCCUUCUGGAUCACAACUCUCUCUUAAUUUUACUUGGUACGGGUGCGAUCAUGCCUGAUCUAGCCGGCCUCGAUGAUGUCCCUUAUUGUACCUCUCCGUGCGUGACGGUCCGCGGCAGCAGAUUUGGAUAGUUCAACCCAUUCUCUUCGCCAGCAUCGGUGACCGAAUACCGAAGGUCCAAGAACCGCCUCUAUGUCCUGACGAACUGUGUCGAUCCAGAUUUCGAGUUAACCCCCCUCUUUGACGCCUCCAGUAGGGUAACGGUGUCAGUAACACUGAGCUCCUGGGGUGGACGACGAAAGACAUGCGCAAACCACCUCAGUCGCCUUUAUUGGAUGGCCUGGGUUAUCCUUGCGAUGUUGUCGCAACGAGUGUGGAUUGUCAUUUGAGACGAAGUCGUCGCACUUCACUUAUCUCACGGCUAACCUUCACCUUCAGUUCCACUAUCCGCCACCUGUGGACGCGCCGGCUAGCCAGCAACCCGUCUUCCCAGGUUUAGAGUGUGUGAACAAGGGGUGAUUGGAACACUUACUAAAAGCAUGCCAUAAGUGUUCUAGUGUUGGUCGCAGCACACAAAACUAGUGAGGUAUUUACGUUCUCGUCGUCAGCUAUUUCUGCCCUUUGUGUGUCAACCCUGCAAUAAAACGUGUUUGCCCCUUGACGCUGUUUCUGAAUAGGACUUUUUACUGUUUUUUAAUCUUAUAAAUAGCUACCAGAAACGAUGUUUGGUAGUUUCAACUAUAAAGGACGCUAAAACGCUCGGUACUCCAGCAGCUACUACCGAUGCCUUUCAGGCCCAGUAGGAGGGCUGCACUUUGCGCAUACUUCUGCCAUUUUUGUGGCUGAUAGCGUGGCCUUCAAACCCCCCGACCAACUGUUUCAGACACAACGUGCAAAAACGUUGUCGUCUUACUAUAGGCAGUCUAUCUUUACACUCGACAGCCCUGUACUUGAUCUGCUUACGGAGCUCUUGUCUCCCUUAUCUCAAAUGCUCAAAGACAUCGUGGGCCCUGGGCUUCGUGCUAAUUUUAAAACGGAAGAUACUAUGCUACUUCACCCACCUAGUAUCCCGGUUGCACUCCACCAGAUCUCUUUAUCCGUUUCCAUGUCGAGACGGUUUCAUCCGGCCGUUGCGUUUCAAAAUAUUUCCUUAUUUCGUGACUCGCUUCAUUCUGCCCCUUUCCGUGUCCUGCGUUACUAAGCUCUCUAUCGUGUAUGUUAAAGGAUGGGAAGUAUGUGUAUGUCACUCCACUGCAGCACAAUACGUCAAAAUUUUCAAUUUGAUCUUACUGUAAAGGGGGAGGUAGGGUCGCUGUUUGUUUUUUCCACAAGGGCUUAGCGCACCUAAUCGAUUAGCAACGAAAUGUAACCGGUUCUUUUUUGCAAAUCGGGUACAUUGUCCUGCCGCACUAUGUGCCGGAGUUCACUAAACAUUCAUGCAUACUUUUCAAGUUGGCGUCUGUACCACGCACUGAUUUAUUUUCCUAACCUGUCUGAUUUUCAUUAUUCAUCGGGUGCGUUGAUGAGGUUGAAAAAAAACGACUUAUUAUGAAGUCGCUAAAUCACUCAAGUUAUCCAUAAACGCUGGGGAAAAAAUCGUAGUGUUUUUGGACUUCAUCCCUGACCAGGUGAAGGCAUCACGUUAAAGAUUAAUAGCUGUCGGUCUGAAGAAGCAGGUGAUCUCAGAUACCUCAGGGAAAGGCUGCUGCUGCUGCCGAAUUGGCAGGAAGGACGACAUCGUCGACAAAAUUGAUACUUCUCUCAGGGUUUUCCCUAUCGUCACAGAGGCUCGCGUUUACCGGGCAUCCGUCCGAUACGAUUACGAAUGCUGGGCCGUGCGCUUGGAAGAGCAAAAAUUCGAGGUGUUUGAUCAUCGCUGCUUGAGAGCCAUACUUCGAGUGAGGUGCGCCGGCAUCAUCUCAAACAAGACCGUCCGCCCGUGCUGCAACACAAAGGUGUGUCAGGUCGUACAUGAAAGACGACUGAUGUGGUUUGUGCACAUUAUUCGUCGUCCGCCUCAUGAUCUCACUGUUUCUGUCAUCGAUCCGGCACCGUUUCCCACGUGGCGGCGUAAAAAAGGUCAACUCAAAACCUGACAUGGCACACGAAGUGGUUCUUGGACCUUUGGCAUUCGAUCUCCAUCAUUGGAGGCGAGAAUGGAUCGAGCUUGUGGCAGUCUGUGAUAGUGGUUGUUAAUUUCACUCCCACCUGAAGUCCAACUCGUCUUUCCCCUUAAACGUCUUUUCGAGUUUUUUUCUGCAGUUCAAUUUUGCAUGAACGUGACGACAAAUUUUGCCCAUUUAACUUUAUCAAUGCCCUCUUUAAAUUGCAGCUAAAAACUGUCACGUCUCCUUAUAGCGUUGUCUAGAUGAAGCUGCAAUCGGUAGUGUCGUUCGCAAAGAAGUUGAUACCCUUCGCCGAGUGAUGGAGCUAAAACAACGGGGUUUGUGGUCACGUGAUGUCUCCUCCCAGUUCGGUGGAGGGGGCGGAGAUAAGUCGAAGCCCUCACUGUCUUCACUUGCUCCUCCGCCUGAGUUGACCCGAGCCAAAGACCACUCGGACUACCUCUUUGCCGAGCUCCACUGGCUUGCUGAGGAUUUUAAGAAGGAGCGCCAUUGGAAGAAGGUCUCCGCUAAAAAGGCAAGAAUCUUCCUCACCCCGUUGCUAUUUCUCGUAUUUGCUGGUAGUCCGCUUCUCUCAUUUGCCUUUUUCCCCUGAUGUAAAUACCUUCAGCUUGCCUACGCCGCCCUCAAAGUCCACCGCGAGAAAGCGGAGCGCUCACAAAAGGCCGAAAGGGAGGAGAUGAUUCGGGUACGCAAGCAGUGUGCCCUGAUUGCGCGCCUUGUUCGCGAAUGGUGGCGCCAAAUGGAUAAGGUGCGUCCCCUGUGUUUGACCUCCAUGUUGCGACUACGUAGAAUCUUUCGACUCCUUUGAUGUGCACCCUGUUCUUAGGGUUAAUUUUUUGUUUUCCCGUGUUUACGCUCUCGCAGUCGGAGCUAUCAUGUGCGCCUUCCGCUUCCUCUUACCAGAUUGUACAGGCCAAACAAAAGGUUCGUUUGACUGCAAAGCACCAACAGGCUAUGAACACUCACCUGGGUCACGUCAUCGAGACGACUGAACAAUACACCCUCUGGCUAACAGAGGGCAUUACCGGCACUUCAGCCACUCAAACCAACCCGUCUGCAGCCAAUGAGUCCGAGGCGACUGCUGGUGAGCCUGCCUCUGAACCAUCUGGGUCAGCCGAUCAACGGACGUCGUUGAAAGAUGGCAUACCUAAUGACGACUCUGAUAAAGAGUUUACGGUACGUCGACAAUGUGGACGCUGAAUAUAUCCCCUUUUUAAUGCAUCACGUUCUGGAGGUCGUGUGGAAGUAAAGCCCGGGCACUGGCCAACGGGGUAAGUACAUGAUUUCUUUGCACAUCGUCGUUUGACAGCAAAACUCGUGUCGUCGCGGUUGCUCUGACACUGUGUGCGUCAUAUUGGCUCCCGGGAACCUUUCGUUGUCGCGAACACUAUGUAUCCAGCAUUGAUAAGUGCUUCUGACAAAAACAAGGGAUACUGGAGUUGUCACUUGUGAUUGAUUCGCUGCAUACCUGAUUACUACAGCAGUUCAUACUGGGUGGGUUCUGUCGUUUAAAACGCGUCUGUGGCCGUCCAGAGAAAAAUCUACAGCCUCGACCACCGUUUUUGCGAACCGAUAAGGGACGACGUAGUCUCCAGGAUGGUCUAAUUUGGCCUUUGAGAUACAAGAGGCCUCUUGCGUCUUCCCUCAGUGGCGACAUCCGGAUUAAUGGUGGACGAACCGCUUUGUUCGCUCUUGGUCACUAGUACUGUGGAAUUAGCAUUCUUUGUUGCCCGUUUUGUAGAUCUCCUUUAGCGUGCCCUGAAUAAUUUAUCAAUAUGUCAUUCCGAGUAGGACAUUCAACGGAGUGUCUUCCACCUUAUAAAAAUGGGGAUUUGGCGUUAAUUCCUACUCUGUCUCUGUGUGCGUAGGUAGACAGCCUUUCAGUGCUAGUGUGUAGGUGUAUGUGUGUGCCAAAGGAAAUAAACCUCUUCACCCUAGAGCGUCCGCCCCUGGCUCUAGUAAAGACGUUGGUGCUGUUUUCACACGUGUUAUCCCUUGUAUUCAGGCUGAUGCCGCGGCUUUCGAGGAGUCCGAGGACGACGAAGAGACAAUCGCAAAGGAGGAGGAGAUGGCGCAACAAGAGCUGGAAGCGCAGGGUAUCUGUCCUUCCGAGACUCAGUCGGCCGAAAUUGAGGCACUCUGCAAGGAAGCUGAGACCUCUAUCAUCGACCUCCUUCCGCCUGGCUACCUGGAACACCUGCACCAAGAGCUCGAUUCCGACGUCCAGGCGUCCACUUCUUCACCUCCUUCCGUGGAGCCAAAUGAUAGUGCUCCGGCUUCUCCCGUUAGUUUAAACCCUCAUGCCUCUGCUUUCAUUUUCAAGGUCCUCUACGCCGUCCCUAGCCGGAAGCACGGCGUUUUUGCAGUUUUGGUCCCCUCCCCCCCCUCAUAUUGAUUCGAAGUUGUUUGACAGGGCGGUGAAAAGUGUACGGAAAUGUUACUAUCGUACGGCAUCAUGCCCGUUGGAAUUUUCACCCGACAAAAACCAUCCGAGUUGCGAGAGUGGGUGGGGCGCUGAUCUAGCAGAUAGGGCCGACUGCCCUCUUUGGGCACAAAGAGUGGAAUUGCUAUGCCGCAGUUGGAGGGCCAUUAGCGUGCCGUUGCGUUCUAUAUUUCAACUUCCCGAACCUAGGCGAUGCUUAGGUCUGUUCGGCUGCGCAGGUGACUCAGCUAGCUUAUGGUGCCCCAAAAGCCCAUGAAGAACAAUGCCACCGGUUAUUUUAUUCAAUUGAGGACGAGAGGAAGGACUAGAACCGUUGCCGGUAGCUGGUCCCUUGGGUGUCAAACUUCACGUUGGCAUUAGUCCUCGGCGUCGCGUUCCCCCACUUCCCCUGCGCGUCCAAUCAAAAUCAUACAAGUAGUACCUCAUUCGCGACCUUUAACCCGCCAAUCGGGAUUGAAAGCUGUCGGUUUUUCGGUUGCGCAUUCUGUGGACUUUUACUUGAAUGAACUCGAUGCAUCAUCCCCCUUCCAUUCCAUCUACUUUUUUUCAAUCUCAGCACUAUGCCUUGUGGAGGAUAUGUACUCAUGUUUCAUCUGAGAUGCAUCGCCUAAUCUCACGCUCACCGCUGACCUCUGCAGCUUCAAGCGCUUCCUAUUUGCGAAAGAUAACAAUAAGUGCACAGACGGCCAGCAUGCGCGAAGGGGUUGUCAUGAGUCGAGUAGAAUGCCAUUGCAAAGGUCCACUAAUUUUGGUUCUUUGACUCCGAGACUCGAUAUUGUCAAUGACAACCUAUAUGCUGAUGGAGCAACCUUGGACAUAAAAUGUGUCCAGGCAGUCGCAUUAUGAUCCCUAUUUUAACGAACUUUCUCUCCUAUUCGGAAGGUUAUAAGUCGCGCGUUAGUAGCUUUUUAAAAACUCUGGCCUACUCGGUCCCGUUUUGAAGCAAACGAGGCCUCUGUGUGGUCAUCCUCCGAAUCAGGUGUUUCUUCCCUCUCCCCUCCCCGCUUCCAGUAAGGAUACACCAGGUUUUGCCAACGAGGAUGGGUCAUUGUCUGUGAUUCUCCACCGUUUUUGUCAAAAGUGGACAGCAAUCAUUGUAAAGUCUCUUCUUGCUUGUCCACUUUUACAUCACCUCUUUCUAACGGCCGGUGUUGGUGGUUAUGCUUCUAUCACAUAGACUAAAGCAGAACUAGCGUCAGAAUCUGCCAAGCCGGAGAAGGACGCAGCUUUUGUGCCCGACCCCAAUGACAGUUCCUCCGAUGACGAGGCCACCAUGGCCGAGCAGGAGGCUCACGAGGCUGCCGUCCGAGUUGCUGCCUCUGCUGAGGACUCGGGCGCUGGACCGUCUCAGGACGCAACACAGGAGGUCAAUGAUCUGGAGGCAGAAGCCGAAAUGCCUCUAGAGGACCUUCUUGCCCGCUACGGUCUUGAUGCGGCUGGUUUGGGUCGAACGUCGACCGAAACGGAGGAAGACGGACAAGCAACAAACGAGGAGCGGGCAGGGGAAAACAAAGAAGACAGCGAUAGUGACCACUCCGGAACUUCAAGCGAUACCCCCUCUUCCUCGAGCAGUAGUAUCUCCCAUGAUGGCGACAGUGAGGCUUCAGAUAGAGAAGCUUCGUCGCCGGAGAGUGAGGAGGAUGAUGUAGGCCUCGAAAAUCUACUAGAUGACGCUCCGGACAAGAACGUUCCGAACACCAAUGACACGAAGACAUCACCUACAUUACAACAGUCUCAAGCCACCUCGAAGGUAUUUUUUUUUAAAUUCUGACCACCUGCGAUGUCUCACUUGUUAUUGGCUAACUAAUCACCUCCAAAAACGACCGUCGUACUUUGAGGGCACGUCACAAAUGUUGCUUCUUUCGGGGGGGUGAAUCUGUGUGCAUCCGACAGGAGCCCAGGCAGGACACUUCAUCCGCAGAUGGCCCUUGCUGCUGUACUUGAAAUCCGCUAGUUUCAGGCUGGCCGCAACGUCAUGCAGACAAAGUAUAGUUUUUGUUCUGUGGCCAGGUCCUUUAUUGCUUUAAUCGAUUCUAAAUGUCGGUUUAGCGGUCCACCGCCCCACAAAUUUCAUUCAAAUUCAACUCCAUUUAAGUGUUCAUGUUGCCGUCGGCUUUUCUCAAAGGCCUGUCAUCACAAUCUCCGUCUUCCUGUAGUUCUUUUCGUCCUCCCAUUUCACGUAGGUUGGCUGUGCUGUUGGGCAUUGGAUUGCCUUCAAUAUUCGCUUUGACUCGUAGAUUCAAAGGGCUUCCAUAAUACUUGACAGGACAAAGCGUUCAUGAUUUACCAGUUAAUGUAUUAGUGGUUGUAGAUUGCGCAAACGGCGAACACCACUGCUGCCGGGGCGUAUGUUUGGUUAUAGUAAAGCAGACUUGCGCCGCGUCUGUCUUACUCUCUUCACGCCAUUCUGUCUUCCCAUAGCAAGACGGAGAAAGACAACUGGUACGUGCACAGGCCCGAUACCUGACAAAACACGGAUCAGUAUUCAGUGAACGAGGAAGUAAGUGGGAAUGCCACUAGGGUUACAUUUAGAAGGAGCCAUUGCAGCCUGACCCCCAGCUCUGAUCAGGACCAAGUUAUCCUGUCAAUUGGCAACCUUACAAAUCUGGACUCGUAUUGUGGCAACGUGAAAGCUCAUUUGGUUGUUUAUAAAGAGGACGCAACACUGUUAGGGGUUAAGGCAACUAUUUCUCAACCACUCAAAGUACAACCGCGCAUUCCCAGAUAGCUUUUCUUUUGCAUACAAUUACUUGACCUCGUCGUCUGUGCGUUCCCCGAUCCCACCUGUAAAAACCCCCAUUACCACCGGUCCAGUAUUACAGGCGACUGGAGUUUCUUUGCCUCAGGUGCGGCUGCAUAACCAUAUCUGACCUAACACAGUUAUUCUCAGGCUUGGCCGUCAGGCUACUAUGUGGUCUUUGUAGCACCCACAGGAGAUCCAUGAGCCCUCUUUUUCUUUGCAGUUACUGACUAAGUCGUGUCUUUCACGCGUAGACAGUGUCAGCCAGUGCGUCCAUCCCCAUUUCCAGUCGUCUGGGCUAUUUUACCACUAGAACACAAUUUGACAAGUGUGUGUGUGGGGUUGGUGCAAUGGGAGCCUGCUUCGCCGUCAGAAUAUUCACGCACAAGUCACUGCUGCGUCGUCGACUCCAUGAUGGACCUCGUCGCUAGAACCGUGUCAGGUCAUCCAUAAGGCUACCUCAAUUUGGCUGUUUUUUUUUUACCUGGACUUGCCGUGCAGUUAUAAGCACUGGCGUAAUUGUGUCACUCUUGCUCUCUGCCUCCACCUCACCUACAUAUCACUGUAUCAAUCGCAGUUGCUCUUAGGAUCAUCGGGUGUUUAACUAGUCAGUACCUGAAAAGGUCAUGGAAUCCCCUUUCUAGGUGGCCUACCGGCGUUUGCGUUUUUGUCAUUGAAAUCCACCAGACACUGCUCAGACUGUUAAAGAAAUUAUGUAAUUCGUUCACCCUUCUCAGAUUCUUUUACAGCGCAUCUUUUGUCCAUCAAGCUUAAGAUUCUGUUGAACUGGUAUUUGAAAUAAGUCCGGUCUAAUUUUUUUCUGCCUAUUUGAAGCAGGUCUUUCAUACUUAAAUAUCUACCACUUACAUCGGGCUUGCCCAGUCUAAAUAGGUUACCACUAUGUCUUUGAUGUAUUUUUGAGUCGAGGGGUUUCUGCAUUUUCUGGCCUGAUCAGUUCGACCAUCGGUUUCGAUGAUGUCCACCGUGUGCCCCACAGUUGCAACAGCAAUGGGAGCAGGGAUGGUGACUUACGCAGGGGUUUAUAGUGCCGGUAGACUUGCGUAGCAUCUGCCUACACUCCCUCCUCCUCCCGAGCCCGGUGUCAAGACAGAGUCAAGAAGACCGGAGACGAGAGAGGCCGCAGGUGGAUGGCUCGGUCGGAUCCUCACCUUGGCGUUCCACCACACCCCCUGGUCCACACCACAAUAACCAGGAUUUCAACCAACAACAGAGAUUUGGAGGCUGGCACGGCCGAAGCCGCACCUGGGCGUGCCGCCAACGCCUGGCUCGGAUCCCACACUGUGAUGGAGUGCCAUAAAGGCCACAUUAAAAAGGGGCCAUUGCAGCCUGACUCUCAGACCGCCUCCGGUCAAGGAGGAGGUCCAAGUUACCCCGUCAGUUGGCAACCUUCCAAGCCACGGCUUUUAGCGCACCGUGAUAGCUUCAAGCGCGUCAGAUUGUUUAUAGUGAGGAGAAAGUGCGCUGAGUCGUCGACCUCAAUCUCCCUUCCCACUCCCACGCCCCAGCCGCUGUCCGAGCCGGUCAGCAGACUGGAGUGGGGAAUGGGCGCGGUGGCUGUCAUGGUCGACUGACCAUGACUGCGCGCGCCACGGCACGACCUGGCCCCCCAUACACACAACACCAGGAUUUCACACAACGGGGGUUGAACGGCGUGUCUCUCACUUGCGUGAGAGUGCCGUGGAAGGUGCUGUUUCAGCCCGUUCCCAGCUUACCAGUCCGCCACUCCACACAACACACACACACAACGCGACGAACUGCGUGAGCCGAGAGCGGGCGUCAAUCAGCAACCUUCCUAUCCACGACGCUUGACGUGUCGGGAUAGUCUCGGACUCAAGUCACCCGUGCAGCCGAAGCCGCAUGGGGACCGAGGGCCUGAUCAGUAGAAAAUCAGUGUAUGCCAAAGUGUGGUAAUGGUGAUUCAAUGGCACACGACACUCCUACUUGAAGCGUUUCAGUAAAGAGCCUGUGUAGCAUGAAAGUUUGAAUCUGUGAGCAACAGCUUCGCCGCUUUCUGCCGACUAAUCCCGUAUCUACAACUGUAGAGGCAUGUAACAUUCAUGGGAGGCAGGAAGCCAAGGAACUCUGAGAAGUCACCCAUAAAGGAACCCCUUGACAGUAUCCUUAGCCAAUGGGCCGGAAGAUCUAUGAUUCUUUGAUCGGGAAGAGAGUCGCUGUCGAUCUUGUUCAGUGGUUGCCUCAGCUGGUCGGCCGCCUUUCCUCCCCAACUCAGGAUUCACUUGAGACUGCUAGGUUAGAAGAGUCUUGAAUGAUAUUACAGUUCCAUCCACUUUUUUUACUGUCAGAACGAUGCAGAACUAAAUGCCCUUACCGCGGAUGCGAUUAGCGCGCAGCCACAGGGGAACACUCUGGCCGCUACGAUGGUCAACGUGAAGACACCAUUUCUGCUGACCGGAACCCUGCGAGAAUACCAGAUUGUCGGCCUGAGCUGGUUGGCCGCGAUCUAUGAAAAGCGCCUAAACGGCAUCCUCGCGGACGAGAUGGGCCUGGGCAAGACCAUUCAGACUAUCGCCCUGCUGGCCCAUCUGGCCUGUGAACUGGGGAUCUGGGGGCCGCACCUAAUCGUGGUGCCCACCAGUGUCAUCCUCAACUGGGAGGUGGAAUUCAAGCGCUGGUGUCCCGGCUUCAAAAUCCUCACAUACUUCGGCAAUCUGAAGGAGCGCAAGUUGAAACGAAAGGUGGGUUCCAUUUGACGUGCCUUCUGUUGUGAAGACGUUAUAAAUAGGUAUUAUAUCUUCCCGUUGCUGGUCUCAUUGUCUAACUCUCUGGGUCAUCGUAUAACCAAAUUAUUCCUAUCUCCGUGAAAACUGCUGGGCUGUUAGCACUUCUAGGAAAAACGCCUCCUUCAAGGGUUUUCGAAACAAUAAGACUUGUGUUGGGAUUAUUUAUGCUCUGCACUUGCCUUCUGAUUAAAUGAUGCUACACCGUAAAAUGUAGAUGUCCAGUUUACUGUUGCUGCAAAUGCUAGUGAUACCAACGGCGAGUGUACUCACGGGCCUGCGCUCAGUACACCCGUUAAUUCGAGUAAGGGUGUGGUCAUUGAAUUUGAGGACACCCUAGUUUACUUUUGUACAAUCUGGAGGGUGGCAACUGGUUUCACGCUACCCUCCAAAAAGUCUCGUCAACCCCUGCGUAUUCUCAUGUGUUACGGAGGGCAACUGUUUGAAACAACCCAGAAAUCGGAUAAUAGUCGUCACCAGUUUGGUCUCAUCCAGGAGUGAUUAGGUUUCAAUUCUAUUAACGCACGGUUUUGCGUAGGCUGGAGACUGUUCUUGUACCACGAGCGCAAAACCAUAACUGCAGCAUGUUUUUGGUUACCCUGCACUGUUGAUCUCACACCGACUUUACUUUUUUUUCAGGGAUGGACCAAAACUAACGCCUUUCACGUUUGCAUCACGUCCUAUCGUUUAGCCAUCCAGGAUAGCGCCGCGUUCAAGAGGAAAAAGUGGAAAUAUCUGAUCCUUGACGAGGUGUGUUCCUUCCCUGCAUUUUACGUCUUAUCAUUUUUCCUAUGCCUCUCUGACCACUAAUUACUGCAUUAGCAUCCACCGGGUAGGCUUGACCGUUUGUAUUCGACUGACAGUGCAUCUGUGUCAUGCAUCGACACGAAAUCAGCAAAACACAUGUAUCAGCGGUCUCAUCUAGUACCUAUGCUGUCAGUACCGGGAAUCAUUCAGUGUUUUUAUACCACUGAGUGCCUGUUUGCAUCUUGUAACUAGCACGUGAUUAUUCCAUUGAAUUUCGGCUCACAUGGUCAUCUCAGCCCAUAGUUAGCGCAUUACUUCAAGAGAAAAAUAGAAAGGGCAACAUUGAAAACCGGAAGAUAUGUCAGAAAGCACAUUGAGAAUGCGGUGGGUACACUGAUGGGCGUCGAACACCUCGCAGCUGCAUCAUGCAGCGGCACAAGAUUGGCGAAAUACGCGUGUCUGGGUCUUUGUCUACUACCCAUGCUGAGGGUAUGGUGGACUAUUCGGUACGGACAGUUUUGAUGUUAACACCACGUCCACUUGGUGCAUACCAGUUGGCAAUGUGAUUACCUUGUGCAGCGGACCUGAAACCAGGGCUUAGUCGUUCUCAAAACUGACACUCCCGAUGGCCUGGGCAUUGAUUCAUCUCACUUACCCUCCAGGUCUCGACCUGUUCCUCGAUGCAUACUGCGUUAUCAGAAGCAGCGCACCAGGGCAUGAGAAAUAUUAACCUGUACAGACAUAUUCAGUCAUAAGUAUAUCCCCAACUCUCAUUCGGAUGCUCGCAGCAUUUGGAAAUUCUCAAUUACCUCAGAACUCUUGCUAUCUUCCUAGGCUCAAAAUAUCAAAAACUUCAAGUCUCAACGGUGGCAAACUCUUCUCACGUUCACCAGCCAACGUCGUCUUCUCCUAACUGGUACUCCUCUGCAGAAUUCCCUCAUGGAACUCUGGUCCCUGAUGCACUUUUUAAUGCCGAACAUCUUCCAGUCUCAUAGGGAGUUUCAGGAGUGGUUCGCCUCACCCCUUACGGGUAAGUUUCCUUCUGGAUGGCAGCCUUCUUUGAUCGAUGCAGUACGUUGUUUUUUGUUUUUGUUUGAUUACGAGGGUAUCGGUUGCGCAGUUAAAAGAUGCACCUUGCCGGCGUAGCUGUCAGUGACUGUCCGCUCUCAUUUGUGACUACGUGUCCGUGCUCUGCACAACAGUCACACCCAGGCACGCUAAGCCGGAUGAGGGUAGCUAGCGUAUCAUCUGCCCCGUUUUAUUUCUCCGUAUGCCCAGUCUGGUUGGUGGAGUAAAUAAAAGUCAGUCGUAUUAUACCGUAAGUGGACAGGGCCUACGUCAAGUCAGCCACUAUGUCAUCCCUCCUGACCAUUUGAUCACUACGCGACCGCGAGGAGAGUGGGAUCAAUGCCAUCCAGUCCUCCCCCCGCGUAACUUCAUCUGUGAGUCGUUUCCACUACUCAGCUAUCUCUGCCACGAAUCCUAUCACCCCCUCCCCUUAAACAUCCAUACGCAGAUGGCGGUAUGCUACCUAGCCGGUUGUUCAGAUCAAUACUGGCCGUUUUCCCACCUCACCAGACAUAGGCCAAAGUGAAAUUGGACAACCGUCAGCGAUGUCUUUGGAGACCUAUUCAGGAACGCACGGCCUACACCUUAAACUGUCAUGAGGCCAGAAAAUGUGUCAUAGCCCAACGGAGGUUGAUGCCGUUUGCAAAGCUGCCCGCAGUUGUUGUAAGUGGCACAUGCGGUCACGAAACACAGGCGGCCAACUGGAAUGUUACGGACCUCCUUGCCUUCCCCCCCUCUUUUCAUUAGAGUAACUUUGUUCACUUUGUUAGAUUGGGAUAGUCGUUCUUUUUUGACAACCCUAUAGCCGACUGACCAGAAGGGGAGGGGGGACAGUCCUGUUCCUUCGAGCACUAGUCCGAUACAAGGGUAGAUAUCGCUUCUCAGGGUAGGUGUCGGAUACGUCCUCUUUUGGAUCGAACUCCCAAAACCGAAACGUCUAUACGCUGUGGUCGCCUUCGCCACCAGAAAGGGCUCCGUGUCAUAAGAGCGAGGUUCCCACGCUGUGAGUUUUCCAGAAGUGAUCUUGCCAUGACAAGCGUUGACGACCCAAAGGAAAGGCGCUAAGAAUAUUUGGGUGAAUUUUUCUUUUCGUGCUAACAGCAAGCAAGUGAGUUGCGGUGUGGAUGGCGUGCUGCAAUGUCCAUCACUAACUUUUAGCAUCCUUCCCCUCCAGGAUUUGCGCUUCCUCCAGACUGGUGUUCAGUUUGAUGCUGAGAUUUAGCUUUCAGUUCGAUAAAUUCAAUUGUUUCAAUAUGCUGCACACUAGCUGUUAUUCACCGUCGAGGUGGUCUACGAGGUUGGAGUCUUAGCCUCGUCUUUGAGAAGACCAGAUUUCGAUGGGUCAAGCAUUCGACGCGACACACCGCGUUUCACGCUAGUACUGGCUAAUCGCGUUUCUCGAUGAGCACACAAUCUAGCAAGUAAUAAUGACACGACCGACAAUGUACAGUGAGUGACCGAUCACAUUAACUGUUGGCCAAAAUCCUGAAAUGCGUUUUCGGUUAGAUAGGAUUACUUAAGUGGAGUCGUAAUGUUGAUUAUCAUACGGUAUAAUCCUAUAGCAUUUCGGACAGUCAUUAUGUUGGACAAUCAUCUGACCGACAACUGAGAGUCCUUGGCUGACUGUAUAUGCCACUUAUACAUAUUGAGCUUCUAAUGACCUCUCUAAUGACCUACUCGGUAUCCCUUCAUCGACUCACUUCCGCCUGCGCGCAGACUCGACAUUAAACUGAACUCUAAACAUCUUUACCGAAUACCGUGGCACAAAUAAGUGGCUGUAUGUUGCAGAUUUUCCUCAUGUCUUCCUCAACGGUCUAGAGUUCUCGGUAUACUAAAACAGUAGAUUGUUCACUUGCACUACUACUGCGUGGAAAAAUACAUGUUUAAGAGUCAGAAUUUUGUAUGACCCGAAACACCAUGGGACUCUUCUCAUGACCUCACAUACUCAGGUCGGGAAACCUAUGUUCAUUUGCGCCUAGACUGUUAGGCCUCAGUCAUCCCCACGUGAAGGAAAGCCUUUUCCAAAAAGACUCCUAACAGCGCACAUUCCUGAUCUAUUGCGGUGUUGGAUAAAUUUUUCUGGCCUACGGCACACUCAACGAAGCGAGCUUUUAUCAUGCGGCAUCUAUUAGAUUUCAUUUCGUCCCCUCCAAAUGCCUCCGUCGCAUUAGGACCGUGGUCUGCCCGGGCGGCAUUCAGUAAUCACGUGUUACCAUCCUCCGUAUCUUUCGAACUGUCCUGUCCACUCCGCAUACUGUGUGCUUGUAUUUCUCAGGCACGUGCACGUGAAGUGGACGUAAAGCCGAGCUUUUGUCGGUUACUCUGCCCAUUGACUCGAACUUGGCCACGGUAGCCAAGACGGUGGUUGUGGUGCUUGCUGCGCGUUACUUUGGCUCUAUGCCAAAAUCGUAUGUUGCCACCUGUCAACUAACACUUUCAUUAGUUGAUCAUCUGAACAGGAUACACAAUUUUUCACGUGUCGGUUCCUUUUGUGUGCUUUCGCGCCUGUGGUGAUGCCGUUGGCUAUGUGAACAUCUUACUAGCCCUUCGUUGGGUAUUAAGACUCAGUGUAUUGACGGCUCUCUUGAAAGCGUCCUCUGUGAUUGUUUACUACCGUCUGAUUAGGUGUUAUCCUCUCAUUUUGAACAGUUUUUGGGGAAUUCUGUCAGCUGUUAUGUUGUUUAUAGUGCGCAGACGGAUGAAAUAGUCGAAGUUAUAGUUGCCACAGAAACCGACCGACUAUAUUGGAGUAGCCGUCACCUCUGCAACCCUGAGUUUUUAUAAUUUCAGACACUCUUGACUUCUAUGCAUACAAAAUCGCCUUGUCAUAUUUCCGACGUAGAUACCACCUCAACUUUCUGGAAAGAAAGCGGUGGCAUGCGUGAAUUGGUUUGUCGUAGAAAACCCUAGUUUAAUCUCCAGUUGACUGUACUUGGACAAGCCACGUGUUUAUGAUAGCAUAAAAAGUGGGUGAGGUCGAUCCUGCCCAAAUCCAAUGCUUAGUCCCUCAGUCAUAAACAACCGAACGCGCUAGCAGUCGUGACCUUAAUCUCAACUGACGGCAUAACUCAAAUUUACACACGGUUGAGAGACAGGCUGUAAUGUGCUCUUCUUUGUAUGCCCUGUAUUGCGUUUUUGCCUCUGCGGGCUCGGAGAUCCCGUCCAUAGAAAAACUAGUGGUAUUGGGCCACCACUGUUUGAGGAGCAUCCUCCGAGUGAAGUACACCGACUUCGUCUCAUAGGAGACAGUCCACGCUCGCUGCGACAACAUCGCAAGGAUAACCCAGGCCGCCCAAGAAAGACGGCAGAGUUAGUUAGGGCAUGUUCUUUGUCGUCCACCUCACGAGUUCAGUGUUACUGCCCUCGGCCCGGAACCGUUGCCCACUUGGAGGCGUCGAAAAGGUCAACUCACAACCUGACUCGAUGCAAUCCGUCAACACAUGGAAUCGUUUCUCGGACCUUCCGUACUCGGUCUUCAGUGCUGUCGAAGAGAAUGGAUUGAGCUGUCCAGAGCGGGUGCCUCCUAUGGCCAUGCCUGGUGGGAUACAGUCCGUGAUAUCAUCGAGGUCGGCUAGACCAGACAUGAUUGCAGCCACACCAAGCACAAGCAUGCGUGUUGGGCUAAGGCCCAGGUCGCGCGCCGCACGCGUAAACGGGCGCUCAUCUCACCCAGCCACUAUGUUUACAUGCACUUCCAGUCGUUUUGACUUUGCCCUACCGCAGGAAUAUCGUAAGUGCGGGAAGAGAGUGUGGGGUAAAUGCCGCACUGCAUAAAAACUCGCGCAAGUCACGAUCACGUCAACUUCGUGAGUCGAUGGUAGGCCCUCUCGUUCCAUACUGUCAAGCGAUUGUGAUAAAGAAUACUUUGACAGCAUCUGAUUCACCUUCCUACAAAUGCUGCGUUUUAAUAGCCAGAUAGAGCCAAGACACCUGGGUGUUGAUAUUGACGCCGUGGCUAACGAAUCUAAAUUAGCAUCGUCACGUGACGCUCAGGAACCAGAUUUCGAGGAAGGGUGUCGGAUCUCAUAUUGAAGAUAGUUUCUGUUACUUACAGGAAGGGGCCAUUAAUGGCCAGCCGAGCUACCUGACUGCUGGCAGUCCCUCAAGCCACGGCUUCUAGCCCGCUAUGAUGCAUUGAAAGUGUAGGUUUUUCUACGUGCCACCCAGUUUUUUGCAUUCAGGUCAGCUGGAUUUUCAUCCUGGUGAAAACACUAGCCACGCAGUCGGCGUGGGCAGGGUUGCCUCAUUGUUGGCUUUACUCACGAUUCAUUCAUGCAUCAGUAGGGAGUUUUAGUCAAGCCGACUGGGAAUUAUGCGAUUAGAGUGCCUAUAGUGUCCCCGUUUGGGCCUUAAGUGACGUAUUUAUUCUACCCUCACCCUCUAAAGUAAGACCGUCAGCUGCCACCCCUCGUAGCUGCAUUUUUUUCCGCGUGUCAAAUCUCUUACAAUGAAGAAUGCGCUGAGUUGUCAUGAGAGGGCGGCUACCUCAGCACUGACUCCAUUCUUCCAUCUCCCAUGCAUCAUUGACCUGUCAAUCGACCGCUGAUGAGACUAUGCGCUGCGACUGACGUUACGUAGGGCUCUCUCUUGGACGUUCUUCCCCCUCGACCAUGAGCAAACAUGGCCCCUUCUUGGUUUAGCGCAUCAGCUGCGACGCCUGUUUCUUGACAAAUUCGACUAGGCGAAUGCACGACUACCCAUGAACGCGACUACUUAGCCAUGUGAGCUGGAGAAUACCUACUGAAAUUUGGGACUGUCAUCUGACUUAGUACUAAAGACUUUUACUCUUUCCUGUCGCCUUACUGCGCGUUCUGUCUUCGAUCACUUUCCAAACGCAUGCCGGACUGAUAUGCUACUUGCGAUUAGCGCACUCCUGGUGGGAGAUUCUUGACAAGAAGCAGAUUCUAUCUUUAUCAAUUUCACAUUUUCGCCUACUUGGGCUAUGUGGGUACCGUGCGUUUUGCAUAAAGUGAACCACACGGAAUGUCAGAAAAUGAAUGCAAAAGCCCGAUUUUCAGAGUGGUUUUUUCCUUUUUCAAGUGGAUUCUUAACUAACCCAUGCUAACUGAAGAAUGCUAUUUCGAACGACAGAAUCUGUGCUUACGCCGCUUCCUGAAGUAUCGAAUCUGUAAUGGGUGCCCUUUUGCCUUGGGCUCCUUUAUAUCCCGAGACUAAUUCGCUCUGUGUUGCGCAUCUGUGAGUUAUCCAUCUUAUCAAACAUGUAUACCCUCCUCCCCCGCUCCACAGGCAUGAUUGAGGGGAACAGUGAAUACAACGAGCAGUUGGUCAUGCGUCUGCACAAAGUCCUGCGUCCCUUUCUUCUGCGUCGUCUGAAGGAUGAUGUGGAGCGCCAAAUGCCCAAGAAAUAUGAGCAUGUUGUCAUGUGUCGACUAUCCCGACGUCAGCGUUACCUCUACGACGACUUUAUGUCACUCUCCUCGUGCGUACGCCACCAUUGUUUUAACCAAUACCCAGUGCAUGUAUUAAAUUGACUCCUAAAAAUGGACAAAAUUUCUUCUUUCUCUCUCCCUCCAUGCCUUCAGCACACGCGACACUCUUGCUUCGGGUCAGUUCCUCUCCGUUAUGAACAUUUUGAUGCAGUUGCGCAAGGUCUGCAACCAUCCCAACCUCUUCGAGCCCCGACCCAUCAUAUCGCCCUUUGUCAUGGGACCGGACGCCCUGAGUCUUGAACUGCCGCGUCUCCUAGCCGCCGCCUCUCACCCCUUUCUGGUGGUCAUGCCGAGGACUUGCGGACAAAAUUCACGCCUCGUAUUUCGGCCCUCAGCCUGGUCAGAUCCCGAUCUGGACUGGCUCGAUCGCGCUGGCGCUGCCGCCCGCCUCAUUGGCCAAACGCAAAAUCUAGCUGAAAUGGCUCGUGACUUGCCCGGCUUUGUGGCCAGACGAGUUAAUCAGCUGCGCGCGAAGCCUGCCCACAUCUCUAUCGUGGACACCACGGACACAGUGGACGACGGUAACGUAACAGUUCCUCCUGCUUCAUGUGACGCCCGAGGUGUAUGAGAUUUCGAGGCUAUGGAAGCAGUCACAGGGCUAUAUUGACACUUAAACCAAAUGCUUAGUUGUGCACAAGAUGGCCACCCUACCCAAAUAUCAGCACCUAUCUGUUGCUCUAACUAUUAGUGGUAAGCGCAGCAUCGUGCGGAAUCAGUUGACGGCGGCUGCCAUGUCUCGGCAACCCCAGUCAAUCGGAGUGUUAGUAAGAUAUGGUUAUGUAGCCUCACCUGAUGGUCAGAAUACUGUUGGGGUGGGGGUUAGCUCAACUAUUUCUCAACCACUCAAAGUACAACCGCGCAUUCCCAAUAGCUUUUCUUUUGCAUACGACCACUUGACCUCUUCGCCUGUGUAGUGGCACGUGUGAACGGGGAAUUCAUUAAUAGAUGCGAAGAGGCGAGAUCCAGAAAGUAGCCGCGAAGAAGGAGACACGAUCCACUAUCCUUAUCAGGCUCUGUCUCUGAUGAUGGAUUCGACUGAGAAACCGAAACUUCAGGCUAAUAAUGCUCUUGUCCCAACGAUCGUGCCUCCUUCGCGACGGAGAAUUUAUGCCUGAUCAGCUACUGCAUCCUGCCUCAUCUAUGUAGCCUCGACAUUUGUACACGAUAGAAUGCGGAAGAGAGUGAGGUCGAUGUUCCACAAGUCUCCUUAGUCUGUUCCAGUCAAAGUCCGACUGAACGUUGUUCUGUCCUGGAGCACUGUAGGUUUUCGUCAUGUUUGAGAGCGAAACUAUGGGAUCAGGCCCAGAAAGAGACCCUAGCUAAACGCACUCGGCCAGAGCUGGGCAAUCUUCAUGCCUAUUUUUGACGAGACAGUGUUACCCCUUUUUCUCGUUUUUUUUUUGUCCGUAUCUCACACUUUUGUCCUUUUGUUUUAAAGACAUUGUCAUUCUCUUGGCUACGGCUUAGCUGGUCCAACGAUCAGGCCGUUUUAAUUACCACCCCACUGAAACUUAUCAUAUCCUCAGUUUGUCCGGGCUUUUCUCAGAAUUUCCUGAAGUCUUGAAAGUCAGCUUUAGCAAAACUUGCUAAGGAAUCCCUCAGUUUCCCUCCCAAUUUUUGAGUGGCUCCUGCCUUCUGCGUCUUGCUCGUGUACCUUUCCUUAUCAGCUGCAGCUACCGUGGUUUGAGAUCACCGCUCCACUAGCAAGCGCUCUUAACAAUACAUUCUCAGAAGAGUCUUAAAGUGUACUUAACGAUAUGGCACACUAAUCCCUGGAUCAGUUUAACCGACCAACUGUUGUUGGACCAGUUCAGCCCUAUCCGGUAUGUAUUCACCGUGGAACGUAUUCUCUUUUCCAAAAAACCUGGUUAUGGCGUGUUUCUUUAAUGUGAACACUGCGAUUGACGCCAGGGUUAAUUUUGAUCGCAACCAAUAAAACUUGUGUCUUUGACCCUGUGCUAGAUCAUGGGAAUGCAAAAUUGUUAUUUAGGGUCCUAAACCUAGAACUUUUCCUCCUAAAUUCCCGUCCUGGUUGACAAGCUAGGACGAGUAAUGCAGUACGGGCAAUUUAACUCUGACUUUUGGUGGGUACAUUUCUUGACUUUUAAACUGCCUGUGGUUAUGCGACCGUAUUCGACGACCCUAACCUGCGGCUUGGAGGUAAAGCGAAAUUCCAUCGUGCAGUCAGCCCUCUCGGUGACUCUCCGCCUCUUUUCGCAUCUGGAACUUCUCUAAGUGAGGCUAGUGGGGAACAUACAUAUCGGGUUACAAACUUCAAGACGUCAGUGUCUGUGCGCUGAGAAUUCUCUUUGGGCUUCGUGCGCCAUAGAUCUGUUGUUUCCAUUGUCAUAUUUUCAUUCCGAUCGUAGAGGUUGAUUGGCUCGCUCUUUUCCUCCCGACAGUUCGCAAUCAGCGCGAGAUCCUAUGCAAAAUGAGAUCGACCAAUCCGCGUGGACAAUCCCUCAAACGACGUCAACCUCCAGUCUUCCUGCCCCGGUCAGUUGUCGCCGAGGUCAAUGAGGAGACUAGCUUUCUGACGCGUAAGUCAAUUUAUUAACCUGUGUCAGUUUUCUGGCAGCUGGCUGAUCCCUCUAGAUUUUCUGCCCAUUAGUACGUCAGCCGGACUUCUCUGUCUGUCUUGAAUCUGCUUCACGCGGCACAAGCGGAUUUUGUGUCUAUUUAUUCUGACUGUAGUCAUGGCGCCACCACCUUUAAACGUCUCGUCGGCAUGUCGUCUGUCUAGUCGGGUACUUUGAAUAUCAGCCGUCAGUUUACUUUUCCUAGGCUGCUCCCCAGGUGUGAACUUGGACUCCACUUGUCUGUCUUGUAUUUAUGUUUACUCCCCGUUUGUCUGGCCGUCCCGGUCUCCUGUGUUGCUUCGUUCCACUGUCGGCUCGAGUCGUGCCACUCCUAUCGAUUGAGUCUUGGGAGCUCUCGGAACAUUCUGUGCCACAAUGUGUGUGUGUUGACAAAGCGUGCGCAAUUUUUGAUGAAUUUAUGUGCUCUAUCGCAUUGCCGCCUGUUUGUUUGCGAGUUGGGCAUAAACAGACAUCCCAGCUCAUUUCUUAUGAAAGCAGGUCGUGGGUGAGGGAAAACUAACACCUUUAGGGUGUUCCCCCUCAGACAGGCGAGAAACGCCUACAGUUCGUGACAUGACUCGUUAAAGGUGUCGAAAUUUACGAAUGACUGCUAAUCCCUCGCGAACCGACACUAGUGCGUAGACUUAAUACCAAUGUAAGUAAAUAACAAUUAUGUGGGAAUUAAAAAUAUUAAAGAAAAUUUAAAGACAGUGUUUCGUUGUUUAGAAAUGCCAAUUUGUUUUAGAAAAGUGGAAAAACUGGAAGACGUCAAAGGUUGUAAUUUAGUCUUGCAUAUACAGAAUGACAGUCCGUGAAAAACACUAAGUAAACAUGACAGCAUAAAUAGAAUAACCUCUGAAAAUAAUUAUCUAGUGAAGUUUUCAUUUAAAUAUCCCUUGAGAAUUUGGGCAAUUUCAGGUACGGCGGUUUGCCAACAGCCCUCGUUCUGAGCAUAGAUUUCAAAACGGUUUCCUGAAGACUAGUGACGUUCUUUACGCCUUUGGGUUGAUUGAGAUGCGGUUCAAUAGGGCUAACGGGAUUUUGCUUGAUUUAGCCAAUGGAGACGUCAUGAGAGCAAAGGUUUUCAUAAGGACACAUGUUGCCAAGCCGGUCAGGGACUAAUAAAUUUAAGUACAAUUGACAGGUGUGAUCGUAAACAUACAAUUUUGUUUAUAUAAAGAACGUUUCGUCCACGAAAUCAAUUUGCUCUUUGCCUUUGUUCUAGUUUACGUUGUGUUUCAGAUCGGCCUUGAAAUAUCGCUGAUUUUCAGUUUCCAAUCGAUUGCCUAUCUGGAUAGGUUCUGUAUUAUAUGCUUGUCAAAAGCUUUAAAAUACCUCUUGGAGGUAUUUAGGUGUUCUUUUUCAUAUAGAAAGUCGUUUGGGUCAUAUCUGAAGAUUCACCCAAACAGGAAACCUAAUUGGCGAUUAAAAUGAACGUCCACGAUGAAAGCCAGCAACGAAUGUGCCUGUGAUCAAAUCGAAAAAUUUCCUCUAUUAUGUUAUCUUUUAGGGAGUGCCUUAAUACGGCAUUCUGUUGACGGAUGUCUGUGCACAUUGCAUUUUACCUGUUGAAGCUGAGAAAAUAGUUGACGAUUUGGCCGUUUCUUUCAUUUUGCUAAGAGAUACUUAUAUUUUUUUACCGCAAACGGAAGAAUAUUUCUUACUCUUUAUUUUUCUUCCGUUUUCGAUAUCUUUGCUUACUUUAUGGCUUCGUUCUACGAUUUUUAAUGCACUGCGGAGUGGCCAUAUAAGUAAUGAUAUUCUGCCGAAACUAUUAAUGUUUUACUUUUUCUAUUUGUAUAUUACGUAUGCACAGAAACUAGACCGCAUGAGGAGUAAUUUUUCAUAUGUUCAAAACUGAAAAUUAUUAUUCGGUGGUAAUUUUUUCUGUGACAACAAACGGCAAAACGAUUUUGGCCUAUUUAAACGAAGGAUUGCCUGUGUGCGUUAUUACUGCACUUUAGGGCACCAACUCGCACAGAUGUGCUAACCGGACUUCUAAAAACUGAUAAAACGUUUGGUUCUUUAAAAAAUAACCUGUGUGGUAGCAAACUGAUCCCCGCGGUUAUCAUCGGACGAAAAAGUCGAUUUUCAAGUUCGGAAAGUUCUGUUUAGUAAAACCCUCGACAGUAUAUAACUCUCCUCUCAAAGACCAUCACGCUCUGAUGCGCAACCGACGUUUACGGCAGGCAUUAGCAUAUGAAAUUGCCCAAAUAUAUCACUAUCCAUUUCCACUCAUAUUUACGCACAUUUUGAUUAAUAAAAUUACCUAAACACAGUUUUUCACAGGAAAAGAAAAUUUCCUUGAGGAGGUUGGACGAGCGAGCAAAAUGCGCAACGUUUUAGAUGUCAGAAAAUGUUCGUAUCAGUUUAUGUCCUAAGGUUUCUUGAGAUAGGUCCCAUACUGUACAACCCGAAAUCCCGGUUGACUGUCCGGGGUAAUCGGUGCUUCUCCAACCCGUACUACGAGCUCUUGUUCAUUCUGAGCUGUUGUUCUGUGAAGAUUGGAAGUCUAGAAGUCGAUAACUGCAUUCGACAGUUCUAUUCUACCUCACAGCAAGCGCAUGUCGGAUAUGUUAAUCCCCUACCUCGCACGUGUUCUAUUCAUCAGAAGUUGUAAAUCAUGUCACUUAUCUGACCUAUUCUUGGGAAUAACAAUCCUUCUUCCUGCAGUUUCCGCGCUCAUCCACAAUACAAACGACUGUUUCGUGCACCGUAUUCGAUGCAACCUACGAAUUCGAAACUGAUUAGCAGGAUGUUGGGUUCACACAGGGCAAAUUAGGAUCGCUGCUUGUCGGUGGUGACCUCGGGCUAGUGAUCAUACAGGUUGAACUACUUUUUGCCGGUUCGACCUUUGAAGAGUCAUUUCACUUUUGUUGCACUGUCUAUGCAGUAUGCGAUAGGGAUAUGGACCCUUCUAAUUUGAUUCCUGUACAGUGUCUACUUAUUGUAUGUGGGUAGCCUAGUAUACAUUGACAGUAAUAUCCAUGGUCCGCCGUCGUUAGCACUGUGUUCUCUGUCUCACCGGCGUCCAGUCGGUGGAGUUGGUCGCUCUCAGUCCUUCUUCGCGAACUUUACCUGCUUCGCACAUCCAAGCCGCAUCUUACCUUGGCAUGCACUUUUGAUUUCCUAAAUGAGGAGUUUUCUUACGUGUGUCGUCUGAUUUCCUUUAUGCUCUUAUGCGAAGUCCAGUCUCUCAAUAUUUGCUGAUUUUUUUUCCUUUGUAAGCAUCUAUUUUCACUUCAAGUUGGAUAACUUCUCGCAUAUUUUUCCAUGUUUUUUUACACUUUAGCCAACACCAGACGAACCUAUCCAAGUCUUCCCCGCCCUAUCAACAGAGGUGCUGCCCUUAUCCGCGGUAUGUCACCUGCUGGAUAAAAAUUCUGUAUUUUUGACUCCUCUCUCCCCUUUUAUCGCAACUCGCCCCCCCCCCCCCUUUUGCUUCCACUAUACAGUCGAACCACCCUCCAGACCAUGGAACGCGGGCGUUCCUAAAUCCAUUCUACGAUCUCGGGUUGCAGAUCGCCAGCAUUGUCUUUCUCUAAUUGCACGCAUAAAUGAGCGUCGCUGCGCUGCACCCACCCACUGCUCCGACACCUGGGACACCGAUCUCCCCGGGCCUGAUCUCGUCUUCCUUCUGACAGCCCUCGUGCGCUCACCUCCGUCCCGCAGUCGAAGUCGACAGCCACAAGAUGCGGCGGAACCACGUCCCUUUGGUCUGGGCGCCUGGCUAACCUGUCAACGGAGCCUUCGCAUCUGGCCUGAUCGCCUUGCCUGUGCCGACCUCGACGGACCAGCGACCCUCCACAAACAUCCGGCCGAUACUAUUGGGGGACUUGCAGCCUCCGGGCGAAAUACAGUCGUUGCGGAUCAGCGUGUGCAGGCCUGUCUGGGACCGGAGGCUGCCUUUACUCGAGGCUGGGGUGAUGCCGUGUGUCUGACUUCUCUGCGGCAACUGCUUCACAGUCCUGCAGACUACUGUUAUGAUCUGUCGGAAAUUCUGGCCAGGUACGUUUGGCUGUUGUGAAACCAAAAAGCCUCAACGCAGUUUUUGCUUUUCAUUUUUUGCCGGGCCAAACUCUGAUGCUCUCGGCAAAUCCGAUCAGGCUGUGCGAAACUGGACCCCUCGGUCGUCCAAGACCUGGCUGAGCUGCGAUUCUGAACUCCGGUUGAAUGGGACGGAUUAAUGAUAGGAAUUUUUUCGCGUAGUUGCCGAAUUCGUGGGUGAUUGUUUUGAUUGUCUCUGGCACACCGGUUUACUGUUACGGGACUGUGCCACAGGCGUCAUGUGAAACCUUUUGGGAUAGCGGAUAAUAUUUCCAUAUGCUAAUACCGUUAAAUUUCGGGACCUUUUUUAAGUAGUUUGUUCCAACUUUGUGUCCAGUCACGCUUGAUGGGAUUACUGUUGUGCAUACUCGACGACUGCUUUUUCGUUACUUCCGGCAGUCUGCUUAUUUUGCAAGUCACCGAUAAAGAUGUUGCACCUGCGAAUCUACCAGGCCACCUUCAGCGUCGCCAGUUUAUAAACCCGUCGUCUUAAGGUUCUUGUCGUCCUGAAUACUAAUUCGAUUUCACAUGAUAGACCAGUGUUGGUUUGGUUGAAAUAGUACUUUUCCUGAAAAUAUCGGUGAACUGCCAAAGGACUACUCAAAGAAACUGACCUACGAAGGAUUGGGAUCAGUAGACCUAGUAUGCUGAGUUCAUUGGCACUGAUGUUCGGACUUUAUGCGGGGAAUUUCCCUUUGGCUUUUGAGUGUCAUACUUCAAAAUACUGCACCUACUAAUACUGCAAAGCAUACUAAGCUGUAUUACCCAAACAAGCCUACUGCGGCGCGCCGAAGUCUGUGCUUAACGACUUGCGAAUUUGAUCCCAGUUUGAAUGGUGGAAAGGUCUCCUUAGGUGUGUUGAUUUUUGGCAAUCGAUCUGAACCAACUUUCUACAGCUCUUGAUUCCGAUCAAUUUUUACACUGGUGUCAUUUUCUCUGAACCGGGUAGAGGGGGCUCACCGAUCGUUUCUACGGAACUCACUCGUCCCCGUGUGCCUUACGGGCUCUCUCAUGAGCCCAACCAGCAGUUGCACGGUGGCGCAUGAUAUAGGCAGAAUGGUAUUGCCGACAAAGACAAAGGAGACUGGAAUGAUCAUUUCUGGCUUAUUAGCUGGUGAGCGGCCAGAAAGUGUCCGAGCGAGGUCCGCUUUGUGCAGCCCGGGGGACCAGCACGUGUGUCUGUCCCACCCAAACUGGGCUGUGCAGGAGUUGUGCUCGACCAACACGGGGACCAGAUUAGGGAAUGUCACACCUUAUUGGGCUGCGCGCCCACGACAAAUGCUAUACAUGGAGGGGCGUGGUUGCACGCCUAGACACAGGUUCACGCCGCGCGAGCCACCUGCAUUCGAUCCCCCCUCUGGUCACCUUAACCCUCUCGUGACACCGUACCCACGUGAGUGGGAUGAUAGUACAUUAGAUGCUGCGCAAAUCGACUAUCACCACAAACUAACUUACGCGCAAGUCACUGUCCCUGGCUCCACUCUGCCGUAGGGCGCACGGCUGGACAUCGCUUGACUCCAUGGUCGAUCGGUCAUAUGAGCGACACGAGCGAAGACCAUUGCAUCUAAGCCCCUCUCCCGUCGUCUUGACAUGGUUUAACCGCGGGGCAAUUAUACACUUUAGAAAUCGAACUACAUGAACGCUGCGCAUUUCCUUUUCACUCAAAAGUUUUUCGCGCACAGAUCACCAAUUUCAAAAAUGACAGCUCUCUCCCAUCAGAGUUGAGGCUUUAGAAUCCCAUCACCAAGGUCUUAAUUUGGUUUCACCAGUGACUACCUCUGAUUUGUCUCUGAUCCUCAACUAGCCAAUCCGUAACCGUCAUUCCGCAUUACUGGAAUCGGUACAUGGUUGUUUGUUUUAGUGUCCAGCCCCUUGCUAUCGUCAAUUAAUCGGGUUCUCCUUUGUGCGUCCUCGUUUCCAGGUUUUUGAUCUCGAUCCCAACUGCCAUUUCGGUUGGUGCGCAAGUGAACGCCUCCUGUGCCGUCCUCCAGCACUGCGAGUCCCAACAGAGUGAUGCUAUUGCCUGCGUUGUAAAUUCCUUCCUUGUCAGCGCCGGUCUUUUCAGUCACUGUCAACCUGUGAAGGCGCAUCAACCAGAGAGCCGUACUACUUCUGCCUGUCCCUGCCGUUCACUGACCCUGCGCUCCUGGUUGCUUCCACCUCAACUGUACCAAAUAGCUAACAGCCAGUACUUCCAGUUCCCGGAUCCUCGUCUGAUUCAGUACGACUGCGGUAAGUCUUAACUCCCUCUCUUAAUUUGACUCAGCACACUGUCUACUUAUUGUAUUUAGGUAGCCUAGCAUUCACUGGCAGUAGUAUCUGGGGCCAACCGUUGUCGCCCAAGUCUAUCACGAUGCGUUAAUAGUCGUGACCUGGGAGGUUACCAUUUGACGAAAUAGCUAGGUCUUUCUCGGGAAUGAGAGUCAGGCUGUAAUGGCUCCUUCUCGAUGUGGCCUUUAUGGCACUCUCACGCGUGUGAGAUCCAACCCGCCUCCCUAGAAACCUGGCGCAUGUAGUAGGGACCGGGUCGUGGUAGCUCGCGUAUACAGCUUGUAUGGCUUUUUCAGCCGCUGCACCCGAGCCCAUAAAUCCUUUGCGUAGGCAGACCCAGUAGUUCUAGUGUUAAGCUGAUCUGAACGGAUUUUAUUUCCUAUUUAAUGUAAGAGGGCCUUUCCAAUCUCUUCUUUCAUAGGAAACAUGCAUGUACUGGGUUCCCCAUUUUUGGUCUUCACGAUCUAUGCUAACUGAGGAGUGUGCCGCAUUUAGGCAAGCCUUGCCCUCUCUGUCUUCAAGGAGGUUUACUUGAAUGAAUGUAAAAAUUGCUCUUUAAAAACUCAUAUAGCAAAUCAAAAGUGGCUUUUUCCUAAUUUCACGCCAAAACAUUGUUAAUUUAAUCCCACUUGUACGACAAAAGACUUCAUCGACCUCCCUUAUUUCGCAACCUCUGCCGGGCACUGGAAGUUUGCGUCUUUUGUUCUCUUUGAAGGCAAACUACAGCGCCUAGACAUGCUUCUUCGGGAACUGAUGUCUGGGAACCAUCGUGUACUCCUGUUUACUCAAAUGGCACGCAUGCUCGAUAUUUUGGAACAGUUUUUGGCCUACCAUGGUUACCGUUACCUUCGUCUUGACGGUACGACCAAAGUGGAACAACGGCAGGUGCUCAUGGAGCGCUUUAAUAUGGACUCGCGCAUCUUCGUCUUUAUCCUAUCAACACGAUCUGGCGGUUUGGGCAUCAACCUGACCGGAGCCGACACUGUUAUCUUCUAUGAUUCGGACUGGAAUCCCACAAUGGACGCUCAAGCCCAAGACAGGUUUGUCUUAUAAUGAAAAUUUAAUUCCAGUGUAACGUAAUAUAAGCGACCCGUUUUGGAUAUAGCUCUUUAAUGUCAGACUUUCUAGGGGGUAAUUUCGGUUCCUUAUCACUAGAGGCUGUUGAUUUAGUGCACUACUUGUAUUAUACGGUCACUGGUUAGGACACAUUACUUUGCCUACACUUGGCAACCAGUUUCUCCGACCGAACUGUAUUUUCCAAAAGUAAAUGGCAACCAGUGGACGGCCACUGAUCUUACCGCGUUCGGAACAGGGUGUUUUUGGCUCGUUAUCUAAUGGCAAAGUGAAGUCGAACGUACGAGCUAGUUGGACUCGGAGCGGCAUGUGAGGUCUAGCGUCGGUUUAUGCUGUUUUUUUGACGUAUCAUACUCUCCGUCGUGACUUAGCUAGGCUGGCCUUUUCGGGGUUCUAUCCUCUUUAUGAUCAUCGGUUUCCCCCAGUGAGCGCUAUUGGCUAUUUGUUGUACCUCGACGCUUCGAGAAAGUAACUGAACUCAGUCCUCUUAGUAGCUGGCAUUCUCUUGAUGAAUAGGCGAAAUUGCUCUUUGAAACGUCAGACAUCUAAUUAAUCGUGUGUGAAAAUCCGUUUCUUCCUAUUAUGUGUCCUAUGUCGCCGGUAAAACGUCGCUUUUUGCGUUUUCCUCUACUUCUGCUUGCCCCUCAGGCACUAGUUUCAAGGUUUUCAGUGAGCGGACAUAAAGUCGUGAUCUCAGACCACUAGGUGAUACAGAAGUUUGCAUGUUUGUUCAAUCUUCCCUUGCUUAUACCCGUUUUCCCCACCCCUUCCCCUCGUCAGAUGCCAUCGUAUUGGCCAAACCCGAGAUGUGCAUAUCUACCGCUUAAUCAGCGAGAGAACAGUUGAGGAGAAUAUACUCCGCAAGGCUAAUCAAAAACGUCUCCUCAGUGAUGUCGCCAUUGAGGGGGGCAAGUUUACAACGGCCUUCUUCAAACAGAGUAUCAUCUCCGACCUUUUUGCUGAGCCAUCUGGUCUUCAGGUGCGUGUGCCUCCUUUUUGUUCAUCAUACUCGCCGUUGUCGAAAAUUUGACUCCAAGUCAGCAGACAAGUAGUAAUUCUGUAGUCAUAACUGCCGACUGAUUCAACUUUGACGUCUAGCCAAAGUCACUUAAUCAAUGCAGCCAAUCAGGCCUGUCUCGCCAGACUUCUUCGCUUAAUCUGUCCUUCUUUCCCACCAAGUGCUGUUUGGCCGCCACUUCGUCAUAGAUGGAGUCAUUGUGUCAAGGUCGUGGUUUUGCACACUGUUAUGGCCCGCCUGGUACUUGAAAUCCCGUGGAGCGUUUACGCACUCGACCCUUGUCCCCAAUACCGAAGCAGCAGACAAAGAAAGCACGGCCUGCCACGGUUCGCGGCAUUCGGCCCAAUGACCUUUGGGAAGAGGGGAGUAGCCAAUGGGGAGGCGCCCGACUAUGAUGACAGCGCUGUAGAGAGAGUAAACGCACAUGGUCUCCAGUGAUUAGUUGUCUCUUGUCUUUGAAAGUGUAGGCACUCCGUACACGCACGUUUUGCUGAAACUAAAACCUUGGCAACCUCGACUCGGUGAUUUUAGUAAUAUGCUCUGUGUGACUGCGUUUCAUGGACGAACACCAUGUCAGUAUUAACUGGCCACUGUUUAAACUUACUUUCCUCUUCCUUCGCCAUCAAACCUUCCCCGCCUCCCCCCCCCCCUCUGGCUGUGGCAAAUAACGAUCUUGCUCUCCACCACGCCCUACUAGGAUCUUGCAAGCGAAGAAAAAGACGAUAAACAGGCCGAUGAUUCCUCCUCCCCCGCUAGGGCUGUCUUCAGUCAGGGCAACGCGGCAGAAUGCUCAGAAAGCGUGGAGGCUUCAACGCCGCCAACCCUGCUGACCACUCGAAGCGGCCGUCAGGUGCGCUGGCGAGGAUCUGCCCCUCUUCUAACCAGUCAGCAACAGCCAGAUGCCUCGGCUGCCUCAAUUAGUGAUUCUCAGUGGGUCGCGGCUCUCGAGGCCUGUGAGGAUGAGAACGAUCGCGCGGCCGCCAAGCGUGCUCUUGAUGAGGCCCGAGUGAGUAUUUUAACUUGUGUUGCUAUUGUUCUACUCACCCCUUUUCUUCCGCCUUCAGUGUUCGUUCACUUUCACCUCCAUACUCUCCGGCGCAAGUACUAGCCUUGUAUCAUUGCUAACGCCCUCUGCCUCUGUGUUUAUCACGCUGAAUGACGCCUUGAAUUGCGUUAUUUUCCCGCUUGACUGGCAAAUAAUGCGUGCAGUAGGCAUUCCUCGUCCUCACCACCGCUUUUGUCAUCAUCUAGGCCGACCUGGCAGAGUUUGACGACAGUGCUCCCCUCGAGGCAGGUGCUCUAAAGGACCCGACUACGGUAGUCACUCCUGUAGCAGACACGGAGGAGACCGUUGAUGCCACAAUCUCCGGGGCGCCGGGGGAGGAGGGCGCUUACCUUCUGGCUGGCAGCGCCUCGGAUCCGUUGGCACGGUUUGCCGCCCAUCGACGAAUGACGCAGCAGCAGCGAACUGCGCCAACUCCCUGUGCGGAGGAGACAGCCGCAGUCACGGAGGAGAACGCCCCAGAGUCGGUGGUUGAGCGGGAGCUAGCUGAAUUUGAGGCCCUUCUUCGCCCGAUUGAGCGUUUUGGUGUGAAUCACUUGGAGAGCUUCCAGGAUGAAUCGCUGACUAACGAAUUGGAACAGUUCGAGGUGAGAGAACUGAGAAGUUUUUAUCAUUGCUCCUUUUUUCAAAACAGUAGAGUGCACAUGUCGGGAAAAUUUGAAUAGGAAUCUCUUGCUAAGAUUUGACUCUUCUCUAAGAAGUAGCAGCGCUUACCGAUAGGAUUAGCGGUCUUGAGGAAUGCCGAAAUCAUGUAGCACUGGCCCGGACUCAGUGAAGGCGAUGAAGUGGCUCAUACUCUGUUAUAUAACGACUGGAUGGCCCGGAGUUUCCUGCAUUCAGGCUGGUGACAAUGGCGUUGGUGGUUGUCUCACCUACGGGAGCGGUGUGUCGGCUGCGUUUAUUAUGGCCUUCUGGAACUAAAAACCCGGGGAUUUCAUGGUUGUUUCCUGCGUAUCCGCUUAAUGCUGCUUUUGCUAAAUGGGACUGGUCCUAAUUUGCGUAGUAACACUUCAGUUAUUAGUUGGCGAUUUCAGAGUGAAUGCGACCUUUAACCAGUACCCUAAUCCUAACCUCAAACGGAAGCCAAAUGGGUCAGAUGUGAUUAUGGAGCCCCACAAAAUAACCCCAGAAAAUAAAUCCGCCAGCCACCUGUAAUGCGGGUUCGGGCUACCAACUGGGAUCUAGCCCUUUUUAUUCACGAUGUAAUCGCGUGUGUAGCAUAUUACCUUUUAAUGGUUAUUUGGAAUUAUAAAAUCAAGGAGAAAUCCUAACCUCUCGGGAUUGAUACAUAAAGGCCGUCCUCAUUUAAAACUCAAGCAAAUUGACUUUCUGUCCGAGACUGCCGGUAAGGAAUCCGCCGCGUUGUUUGAAAGUUGCAACAAGUUCGAUAGUACUGCAACUGCCUUUAAAGGCCGCCUUGCCCUCUCUACCUCAAACACCUCAAUUUUCAGGACCUGUUUUGUUUAGUUGAUGGGUUAUGCCUGCUGAAGCAAUGUCUCACGUCAGGCCCUUAAACCGUUUCCAAGGUGUACUCACUGGCUGAAGCUAGUUGAUCAGCAGUCUGCCUUCUCCCCGUCGAGUCGUGUAUCCAGGCGGUCUUAACUAUGUAACUGUCUAAACAAUUGCGACAUCGAAGCUGGUAAACAGUGCCAAGCUGCUUCCCCUGUGUUCAGCUUGCCAUUGGCCUGAAUGGCUGGCUUACGCACGAUAAUCUCACGUUGAACCCUCGUUUCUGACUGCCGCGACUUAUUGCCCGUUCAUUUUCCUUUUUCCUUUGAGGAUCGCAUCUUGUUUUGGUUCGAAAUCUCAGAUAACUAAAAUGAUACGUUCGGCCACUUUCGCUUUGAUCACGGAUACUUGCUGUGAUCUGUAAGCAUCAGUUACAUGUCCUGAUAAUUCCUUUACAGAACACAGAUUUGUGCGGGUUGAUAUUGCAUACUGGCAUGUAAUCCUGCCCUCGCGCAGCAGGGGUCGGCCACUUACUUCGUGAUUGGCUUCCCAAACGAUAGCCUUGACAAUUAAUUAAAACACAGACAUUUUCCACCUUCUAUUCCCUGAUUGGCUUGCUUUUGGAGCGAGAGCAUAACCAUAGAAUGUUCGCGUACGGUUGUGACGUGCCGAUUAGGUGAAGCCCGUGUAUAUAAAGCCCAGGGUCAGUCUGAGGUACCGUGGUGCGCUGGCCCACCCGUAUGUGAGACACGCACUCUUUCCUUAAACCGCGCUCCUCAAAUUCUCUCGCGAUCCGGACCUUACCAACUACAUCCUCCCCCUCCCCCCCACCCUCCUUCCAUUCCAUGGAUCACUUCUGAUUAUUUAUUGCAUAGGCGCAGCUGGAAGAAUCCAAGAAGACCUGGAAGGUCAAUCAACUGAAAGCUCUUCACGAAGCAGACGAGGAUAGGGCAGACCUCGAGGAGGACGAAAUCCUUUAUUGCGCCAGCUCCUACGACCCUGAGGCUGCGCGUCUCGCUGAACUGGAUGAGCUGGAGCGUGCGGAAAUGGAGGAGAGCCUAGAACGCUCCUCUCGUCCGUUUAAUCGUGGUCGCAGAGGCCGUGGCGGCAGAAUGCGGGGCGCCGGUCGAUCUCGUGGUGGAGUCCGAACUCGCGGUGGAGCCAGCAGUCGCCACGGCUCUGCCUCAACCUCUCACGCCGGAACCCCUGUUCCCCGGACGGACAGCGAACGCUCUCUUCACCAGGUACCACUUGAGGAGUUAUCUCCCUUUAUAUGCUGUUAAAUCCGUAAAUAUUUAGACAUCAGGGAAGUUGUUAUUAUUUCGACCGUCUACACCAGCAUAUUGAGACUAAGCUUAAGUACUAGGCAUGAACUGAAAGUGCACGCGCUCAGCCUUGAUUCGUGUACAUUUACGUCUGUUUACAUUUUUUUAUUCUUGUGUCCACCCUACUCUACCCAAGGAAUCAAAAGUAUUUAAGCAUAUUCAUGUAACCACGAAUGGACUGCUGAUUCUAAUGCCUGCUUGCAAAUUCCUUGUCGCCAAUGAGUGCCAAAAACUUGUGCCCUGAUAGCUGGGCUUUUUCCUCGGAGAUGGUAUGCCAGGCGUUAGUCGCAACUACUUUCAGUUCCUCUUUAUUCUUGCGACGUCUUACUAAGCAAGUUGCAUGCUCGAUUGUAUUCAGCUCCGGUGGCUGACUUAGGCAUUAGAGAACGAUCCACUGAUUCCCCCUAAAAAUUAUUGAUUCGCCUUCGCCACAUGCUGUGGACCGUUGUUCAUCGACAGUGUAAAGCGCUGUCCAACGUGUUUUCAACAUUUUGACCGCAUAUACGCAGAUGUUAUAGUUCUACGUACUUGAUCCUGCCGCUUUUGUCUCGUGUAACUUCAUCAGUAACCCCAAGAGAAUCGCCCGCGUCCACAACCAUGCAUUUCCAAGACCGGGCGAUCAGGAUCCGUUUCAUCAGUUCGCAGUGAAAUUGUUUCUCUGUUGCUGGUCCCCUGUAUUCCGCGCUUCUAACUCAAAUCUGUCUCUAGCCAUCCCUGGGAUCGCCGUGGACGCACCCAUUCCAGACCAGUCUGGAUGCCAUCUCUUUAGUUUUUCGUGAUAAAACCGCUCAUACAAGGGCACCUUGUCCGACUCCGUGUACUCAGGCAAAAUCGCUCACGACUGAAAAUUCGACAUUUGACCUGUAUGCCUGAGGUUCAACUUCAUAAGCGUACUGGAAAUGCCUGAGAGCAGCAGUAGCGUUUUUAGAGACCCCGAGAUUUGGAAUUACACCCCCAUUUACUCUCUCCAGUGCUCGUAACGCCUACUUUUUAAUGCACGCUAUAUGAAACUGGAGAAGCCAGAUUUGUCGCUGGUCGGAUUGGAACCGCUUACUUAUUUCACGGCUGCUCCGACGGUGCAUGUCUGUAAAUCUGACACCGGCUUCUGACGGACCGUAGUAGUUAGGCUAACGUUGGAGUGCAUGCCAGAAAACAUGAGCAAACCCACUCGGGAGUCAAACAGCACGUGACUGCAUCACAUGCCUGCAGGAAAUUGACUAGUUGCGUGUCUGUGUUCCCGACGGGGAAGAUGCGUCGGAGCUUUCGCCCAGGGCGCUGCAGUUUUUAUGUCGCGUGAGCUAGUCUAAGCACUAUGUCAUUAGUCCACCCUGGUUUCCAUGACGAAUUAAUGCAGAACCAAGUAAAUUAUAUUCCCAAUCCGAUCCCCCAUUUUCUAUUCUUUAUUCUUUCGAAGGUUCCCAAUGAUUAUGGUUGUCAUUAGAGUUGCUUUUUUGUUCUCCCUAUAGGUUUCCGAGCCCCCCCUUCCCCGAGGUCGUGGUGGUAUGGAUGCACACUACACUUUCGAUCGCAGCCGUAGGCGCGUUAGUAACCACGCCGACCUGUCCCCAUCCCCUCCUUCGAGUGAUGACGAAACGUUGAAGACCUCAUUCUCGAGCCGAUCUUCUGCACCUACCACCGGGCGUGUGUCAGGCCACUGGCGGCGUCAUGCCGCCGGCCACUUGCGCAAGCGGAUCACAGCCCCACCACCCUUCUAUUCCAGAUAUUGUGACUUUGAGAGUGAUGAUGGCGGCGAUGACAAUCUCAACCUGGAGGAGGAUCGGUGGCAGCCUAAUUUUCACUAUCGAACCACUGCGAGUAGCACCAGAGGAUAUCGCGGGCGAGAUCGUGAAACUCGGACGCCACCUGCAUUUGCGACUGGUGAUGUUGACGAUUACUAUUACAGUAAGGAAGCUCGCUCCCUACCGGCCGACUCCUUGCAGCCUCCUCGUCGUCGUGGACGACCGCCUAAGGCCACCCAACAACAGUAUUCGUCUCGGGACACUGCUCUUGGCCGUGACAGUCCUCGCAUGCUUGAAGCCGCAUCUACGACUGCCCCUUCGAGCACCUCGAAGCGUCAGACGGUGGAUGAGGGUGAAAAUGUAUUCUACUUCCCCACCAAACGACCUCGGACGGAUUCUUCCUCGACCACCACCCACUCCUACAAUUGCGAUCCUGCCGGGGUGAUCGCCACAGCAGCUGCCUACAACCGACCAAAAUUGCAACCGGCCGCCCCUGCUGCUGCUACGCCUCGUGCUUCCGCUAAUUCACAGUGGAACGCCGUCAAUCGAGCGAUGGCUGUCGACCACUCAGAUGUAAGUUUCGCCAGACUCCAUUUUAACGCUAAUUUUGAACGGCAAAGGCCUGCUUCGCAGUAUCUUGGGGAUCUGGAAAGGUGUAGGCAUAGGACGCACAGAUCCAUCGGGACUCUAAUGGUUCUCGCAACCAAAUACUUCCUUAUCUACACGUGGCACAAAAAUUUUCAUCUGAUGAGCGUAAGCGCCCGUCCCAUUUCUCGUCAAGAGCGAAACCCAGUAAUGACCCCUUGUCAGCCUGGCUUCUCUGUCCCAUUUGGUGUUCGGACGUUCACCACUUGAAGCACGCUCACAUUGCCGAUCCUGUACGACUUCUUGCAGAUAUAGGCAAAACAGUUGAUUUGACGAACAGUGCAUCAUCAUCUGGGCUUGCUAUCUACACCAUUCGCCUGCGCCGUGCUUCUACUUUGUCUAGCCCUCUCGUGGCCGACCUGUCUUUUUCAUCUUCGUGAUGUUCAUCCUGCUGUGUGGAUUAAUUGUUUUCCAGAUGCAACGCCAUCGCCCGACUUCUCCUUACCAGUCCAACCUGAGCACCACUGCCUCCUCCCCGGGCUCCUUCACAGUCAUCUAUCCCGAAUCCUCGCCCGCCGAGUCAGAGGCCCCGCCGACUUCAGCCGCUCUCCAUGCGACUUCUAAGUUCUACUCCAGCCUCCUCCAGCGCCCCCCAAUAACCCAGUCCGCCACAUCUCCCACACCCACCUUUCGGCAGUCUGAGCAGAUCUCAGGCGCUGGCCAUUCAUUUGUAAUCACACCCAAUGGGGUAAGUUGCGCAGUAGUCUACGGUUAAGUACAUUGGUCCUAAAGACGAUGCAUAGUUCAGAAUGGCUACUUCUGGCCUGUUUAUAUUUGUGAACCGACAAUUCCCCAGCCCUUGACCGGAACCCAGAUCCUGUUUGUGCUAGGGGGCUCAUGAUCUGUAGACUUCUAUCUGGAAUACCCAAAAUCACGUUGGGCUCGGUAAUUUGUAACGGCAAAGAUAUUUGACAUAUCUUCAUCACCCCAACAAUCCUAGCCCAAUCCCGUUUUGGCGAAUCAGAGGAAAAACAUCCGUGUAAUCUAUAUAGAGAAGCUUGGUGGUCGUCCGAGCCUCCGACGUGCAACCGGCUCUUGACCUGUGCGCGCAUAUGUCCGUUAGAGUGAUGUGGGCGUGAUUGGCUGUUGUGGGAAAGCCAGUCACUGUUAGCUUGCAGGGUUGAGCGGGUGAUUACGGAGUUUGUGGACGCCUGAGAUUGGCUGUCCUCGUGUCUGAAUGUACAUACAGUAGAUGUGCUAACUCAUGAAAUGUCAACCAAAAUUUCGAAAUGCGUUCUCGUCUCGAAAAGAUAAAUUAAGUAGUGUUGUAAAACUAAUCAUGAUGCAGCAUAAAUCUGUAAUGAUCCAGUUACCUCAGGGUGUCGGCUUUCGAAAGAACUUAUUUUCCGCUGCAUGCAAGAUCUAUACUCUGCAAAAAAUGACUACUUAAGUAGCAUGCAAUUUUGUCAUUGAUUUCCGAUGCAGUUAAAAGUUCAAUUAUAUCUCAUGGAAAACCUGCAUAAAAAUAUUCAUUCUUUUACUUAUUCGGUAGAAAAUUACGUCUUCUUUCAAAUUCAUACUCAAAAGAAUAGUAUAAUUCGGUUUUAAAAAAGUUUCUAAUUGUGAGAUUUUUUAGUACCGUUAAAUGGCCGUUCAUGAAACGUCAUGUAUCUGCAUUUACGAAUGUGGCUUGUAAAGUUAACAAUAUCGCUCAAAUCCACUGCUUAGUUUUAUGAACCUCAUAUGGUCUCCUCUUAACACCGUAGAGAAAUGCAUGAUUUUCCGUACACGGAAAAUAUACAGCUUGUAGUUUUGAAACCCUGAAUGCAAGUGUAACAGCAGGUCGGGUUCAAAAUUAUUCGGGAAUUAGAAAAGUUUUUUAAAACCGAAUUAUACUCUUCUUUUGAGUAUGAAAUUGGAAGAAGACGUGAUUUUCUACCGAAUAAGUAACAGAAUGUAUAUUUUUAUGCAUGUCUUCCAUGAAAUAUAAUUGAACUUUUAACUGCAUCGAAAAUCAAUGAGAAAAUUGCAUGCUACUUAAGUAAUCAUUUUUUGCAGAGUAUAGAUCUCGCAUGCAGCCAAAAAUAUGUUCUUCCGAAAGCCGACACCCUGAGGUAACUGGAUCAUUAUAGAUUUAUGCUGCGUCAUGAUUAGUUUAACAACACUACUUAAUUUAUCUUUUCGAAACGAUAACACAUUUCGAAAUUUUGGUUGACAUUUCAUGAGUUAGCGCAUCUACUGUAUGUUCCACUCGCCCGAAGGCUGCGGUCACGUGGCUGACAGCGCGGCGUGGGUACCAGAGGCUUAUACGCGCUUGAGGCGCCACAUGUGGCGUUCGCACACUUGAACGAAGUACGGAAGUUCCGUUUUUUCUCGGCCCUCCAGUCUGGAGACGUCGGAGGCAGUUGCUUAUCAAGGCGUGAUCAUUAAUAUAGUUUUUUUUUCAUCAAUGGAGACGAGGGCGACAAGUAUGAUCAUUUCUGGCUUAUUUCCCACUUUUCGUGAGCUCUGUCUACUCAGAUGGCCACCACAUUUCCUCUUACGUCCCGAUAGCUUAGAUCGGGUCUGAAUGGCUGUCAAGUUUCUUUCAUUGUGUUACCUCACCCUUGCACUGAAAUUUGCCAGUGGCGAAACGUUUGCCAGAAUGUGCGCAUCGCGCUCUCGUGAGGACUGUGCUACACGAAGUCUGAUCGUGCGGAAGCGAGGACCAGCAGGCUUGUGGCAUGUGACACGUUGCCACUGCACCCAAUCUCACGUCCAGUCAGUUUGCCUCGGAAAAUCCUUUUGUUACAGGGAGAGGGAAAAAUUGACCGCGGCCGACACUGAGGGGAUUCAUCCUCGAGAUAAACCAACAUGCCUCUCAUUGCAAUGAAUUAGUCGCGCUUAAAUCUGUCAUGGCGCACUAUCGUCCGCGGCUUAGAAGGUUGCCAGCUGACGCGGUAACCCCGUUCUGCUCGGAACUGAAGGCCAGGCUGCAAUUAUUCAUUUUAGUGCAACCUUUUAGGCAUCUCUCACUUAUAGGUGUUUCGAGGCUUCCACCCCGUCCCCCUGUUGAACGCAGGCCAAUGCAGCGACCAGUUCGUGUGUCGCCGGCGUAAGCAAGCUACCGGUCAUUGUGCUCGCCUCCACUUUAGGUCCGCUUGACUUUAUCUUGUCAUUAGAGCAAGACAGAUGGGUGCUGAGUUAGGUGAGCCGAAAGUCACCACUCGGGACAGUCUAACCGUUGUAUGUGUGCGUGUGACAUGGGUUGGAUGGGGACUUUAUAUGACAAAAUCCACUCCACCCAGUCUCAUCUCCACUCAAUCUCACUCUGGCAGGCCACUGGCACGUGGGGGAUGGAAUUGAGACCAUUGGCGUUCAAGCUAAGAUCCAAGGUUUUCCUUCCUCGAUAAAUGCAUAUACCCACCUUCAAACUAUGCCGAUAUGCUAACGGUCGUGAUUCAGUUGACGAAAUAAGUAGGUUCUGCACAGAACUGGGAGUCGGACCGCGGUGGAUCCUUCCUAACCUCUUUUGUGGCCCCCUUACCUGUGUUCAAUCCAAGACCUACAAGGUUUUUUCAUGUGGAGUUAGGAGCAAACACCUACCUGAUUCUUGUGAGCAGUGUUUCGACCAGUUCCCACGUUCGUCUCUUGUCCGCUUGACUUUUAUGUCAUUGGGACAUGGUGGACGUGAGGGAAGGAAGGAUGGAUGAAGUAGCUACCUCGAAUGUCGCCAUUGCACCCUUUCCCGAACAGCAAUGGUCCUCGUCACUUUCACCAAACGAACUCUCACUUCUAGGACGAAAUCUACUUAAACAGUAAUGUCGAUCUAUUGCCGACUUUGCUUUAUUGCUAUUUAUAGAAAACCCUGUAUACGGCCCUUGGAGGACAUAGCUGACAUGGGAUCCUAAAUAACCGGCUAUAACAACUCAGCAAUCUGAAAAUCAGAACUUGCGGGUGAUGUUUUCGUCAAUAGACUACUUUAUGAUUCGUGAAGCUAAGCGUUUAUGGGGUAUUAUCGAUACGAUGGCACAGCAAUUUUCGCUACUAUCACUAAAACGUGAGUUGGUAGAACAGUUGACUGUCUCAAGUAAGUUUAGUUGGCUGUUCGAAUUUUCGCAGCGGGCGAUUCCCACAUCUUUUCACGGAGACUGCAAAAUCGCAAUCUUGCGUUCUUACCAAAGGCAACAUCUUAUUAAUUCUGCACUCAAGUCUCUGGCGUUUCCUUUUUCAGCCGGGUUACACAAUCGGUCCAGUGGAUUGUGAAUUGUUGCCCCGAGCAUCCAAUCCCCGACCGCGUGCCGCUCAGCGGUCUGUAUUGCCAGGGCGACCUGCAACGGUUGUGCAGGACAAGCCAGUUAAUUCGGCUCUGGUAGCACCGCAACCCGGUCGUGGCUGGCCCUCCUCCUCUCCGAGUACUAUUGUCAACGCUACAACCUCAUUCCAGCCGCCUCGGCAGACCGUACCGGUCAAGCCCUCCGUCCCCAUGCGCUCAGCCAACAUCGCCCCCCCGCGACAGUACCGCCUGCCGGCUACCACCACCACCGCCUCCGUAGGGCUAGCGGAGCCAACUCUCACCGUCCAUUCGCUCUCUAACGGAUUGCCCUCCGUUCAGCCUGUGCGCCAGCUCCUCGAUCCGACAAGCCAGCCAGUGUUUGUCAUUACAAGGCAGAUGAAAACCCCAUCAGGUGCGACUUCUCUUGCACUUCGUUAAACUAGUGUGCGAACGUUGACAGUUGUAAAGUUACUCACUAGUCACUUCCAUCACAAGGCAAAGGAAAACCUCCCCUCCUCCUUGCAACAACCAUCACUUCCAAGGGAAGGCUUGGUUUGAUGUACAGCACGCCAUCGCUCUCUUGCCUCUGCUGUACAACUUUCUCCUCACGUAAUUGUGCGGGCCGGUCGCCACAGAAUCCAGUCAUAGUCAUCCUUUUGGCAUCGUAUAGCCCCCAGACGGUCGCAUAUCGGCAAGCAAUCUAUGCUAGAAAUGCGUCUUCUUUGAGGAUAGUUUAACUCCUAUGCCCAUUUCUGCUCGCGCUACGCCAAAGUUUAGGAGCACUAGAGUGAUCAUUUCGAGCUUAUUACCCACAGUCAUUCCGUGAUGCCCCUAGUGCUCGCGCAUUCGAAGCUGGAGCUGUAGUCCUGUGAACUAUUUUAGCAUUUAAGUUUAGUCUCCUAUCCGCCUGCCGAUAUUGCUGACAAUGUUUAGUAAACUGGAAAUAGUUGACGUAGCAACGCCUCUUAAUGGUGCUAUUGGUUGGCCACACGUAAGUUUGAAAGCCGAGCUCCCGAGUCGGUCCCUCUAAUUUAGUCGCGGUGGUAGUAGUAGUAGUAGUAGUAGUAGUAGUAGUAGUAGUAGUAGUAGUAGUAGUAGUAGUAGUAGUAGUAGUAGUAGUAGUAGUAGUAGUAGUAGUAAUGAUGAUGGCGAUGAUGUGCUAGCUCCACUACUUCCCUACGGUAUCGCCGCCGAGGUCUGGAAUCUCACUAAAUCCCCCUCCCUCCAGUUGACGUACCUAAUCCUGUUUAUACGCAGGCAGUUAUUUUAUUUUUUUCGCUCUAUACCGCAGGUGAAGUCUUUCAGCAGCGAAUCACCCAACCCGUUCAGCCGCCAACCCGAUUCGUGCAGGUGGUUCGUCGAAUUGCUCAGGGCCCACACUCUCUGCAGCCGCAACUCCUCAAUGGUAGUGCCACUCAUGGUACUCUAGUGGCGACCACUCCCACGGGCACCUUUGCUGCGGUUCCGAUGCCCGGUCAGCCGGUGCGUGUCCACGCCACUCAACAGCCGCCACCACCGCCACAGCAGCAGCUGCGUUUCGCCUCACCGGUCUCCACCGUCCUCUCCGCCUCACCCCUAACCCGCGUCUUUCCCGCCAAUGCCUCCAACCCGCUAACAAGGGUGGGAGUAGGACCGAAUGCUUCCGCGCGGGUCAUCCGAGUUGUCAGAUCUGGAGCUCCCGACGCUAUUAGAAUCGUCCAGCCACGCAUACCUUAG